CCACCGACCGCUGGAGGAGGAAAGGGGUUGUGCUCUUGGCCGAGCGCGGAGAAAGGGGCGGGGCCGGCGAGCCGCGCGUGGAGGUGCCGAGCUCCUGGGACCGGCGGGCGCGCGGGCGUCUGUGGCCCUCGCCGUCCCAGUGGCCGCCGCCGUCGCUUGGUCGCCGUCGGUCUGCGGGAGGCGGGUUAUGGCGGCGGCGGCAGUGGGAGCUGUGAAUGAAUUCUCCGGGUGGACGAGGGAAGAAGAAAGGCUCCGGAGGCGGCAGCAGCCCGGUGCCUCCCAGGCCUCCGCCCCCCUGCCUGACCGCCGCCCGUCCCGCCCCCAGGCCGGCCCCCCCGCCGGAGUCGCCGCAUAAGCGGAACCUGUACUACUUCUCCUACCCGCUGUUCGUAGGCUUCGCGCUGCUGCGUCUGGUCGCCUUCCACCUGGGGCUCCUCUUCGUGUGGCUCUGCCAGCGCUUCUCCCGCGCCCUCAUGGCUGCCAAGAGGAGCUCCCGGGCCGCGCCGGCGCCGGCCGCGGCCUCGCCCCCGGCGCCAGUGCCGGGCGGGGAGGCCGAGCGCGUCCGAGCCUUCCACAAGCAGGCCUUCGAGUACAUCUCCGUUGCCCUGCGCAUCGAUGAAGACGAGAAAGCAGGACAAAAGGAGCAAGCUGUGGAAUGGUAUAAGAAAGGUAUUGAAGAACUGGAAAAAGGAAUAGCUGUUAUAGUUACAGGACAAGGUGAACAGUGUGAAAGAGCUAGACGCCUUCAAGCUAAAAUGAUGACUAAUUUGGUUAUGGCCAAGGACCGUUUACAACUUCUAGAGAAGCUGCAACCAGUUUUGCAAUUUUCCAAGUCACAAACGGAUGUCUAUAAUGACAGUACUAACUUGACAUGCCGCAAUGGACAUCUGCAGUCAGAAAGUGGAGCUGUUCCGAAAAGAAAAGAUCCCUUGACACACACUAGUAAUUCACUGCCUCGUUCAAAAACAGUUAUGAAAACUGGAUCCACAGGUCUUUCGGGCCACCACAGAGCACCUAGUUGUAGUGGUUUGUCCAUGGUUUCUGGAGUGAGACAGGGACCUGGUUCUGCAGCUGGAACUCAUAAGAGUACACCAAAAACAAAUAGAACAAAUAAGCCUUCUACCCCUACAACUGCUGCUCGCAAAAAGAAAGACUUGAAGAAUUUUAGGAAUGUAGACAGCAACCUUGCUAACCUUAUAAUGAACGAAAUUGUGGACAAUGGAACAGCUGUUAAAUUUGAUGAUAUAGCUGGGCAAGAGUUGGCAAAACAAGCCUUGCAAGAAAUUGUUAUUCUUCCUUCUCUAAGGCCUGAGUUAUUCACAGGGCUUAGAGCUCCUGCCAGAGGAUUGUUACUCUUUGGUCCACCUGGAAAUGGAAAAACAAUGCUGGCUAAAGCAGUAGCUGCAGAAUCUAAUGCAACCUUCUUCAAUAUAAGUGCUGCAAGUUUAACUUCAAAAUAUGUGGGAGAAGGAGAGAAAUUGGUGAGAGCUCUUUUUGCUGUGGCUCGAGAACUUCAGCCUUCUAUAAUUUUUAUAGAUGAAGUUGAUAGUCUUUUGUGUGAAAGAAGAGAAGGAGAACAUGAUGCUAGUAGACGUCUAAAAACUGAAUUUCUAAUAGAAUUUGAUGGUGUACAAUCUGCUGGAGAUGACAGAGUGCUUGUAAUGGGUGCAACUAACAGGCCACAAGAGCUUGAUGAGGCUGUUCUCAGGCGUUUCAUCAAACGGGUAUAUGUGUCUUUACCAAAUGAAGAGACACGACUACUUUUACUUAAAAAUCUAUUAUGUAAACAAGGAAGCCCAUUGACCCAAAAAGAACUAGCACAACUUGCUAGAAUGACUGAUGGAUAUUCAGGAAGUGAUCUAACAGCCUUGGCAAAAGAUGCAGCACUGGGUCCUAUCCGAGAACUGAAACCAGAACAAGUAAAGAAUAUGUCUGCCAGCGAGAUGAGAAAUAUUCGAUUAUCUGACUUCACUGAAUCCUUGAAAAAGAUAAAACGCAGCGUGAGCCCUCAAACCUUAGAAGCAUACAUACGUUGGAACAAGGACUUUGGCGAUACUACUGUUUAAGGAAAGACCUUUGUAAGCCUGCAGAGCAUUUUGCUUUUGAAGAAAGAAAUACACCAUCUUCAUUGAAUAGUGAUAAGCUACAGAAAUUCAGCCUAAGUUUACAGGACUUUUCAGAGUCUUACAAUUACUUGUGCACCCCAGCAGAUGAACCAUACAAGAAAUUUAAAUAAAAUAUACAAUGCAAAUUGAGUAUUUUGUUGAAGGCCUUCUUGCCUAUGUUGAUAGUUAUCCCAGUGGGCACUGUAAGUUAGAGCACAACAAAAACUGAUUCUGGUCUUCUUUACCAAUAUAAUCAUAAUGUAAAUAAUAAUUUGUAUAUUGUGUUGCAGAUGAAAGUAUUCAAGAGACAGUGAAUGGUAGAAGACACAAGCGCCUUUGGUUGUUUGUCUUCUGAUGUCUUUUCUUAAAAUAGUAAUUUUUCUAUUUUCCUUUCCUACUGUUGUCUUUACUACAGAUGAUUAAAAUACCAAACACUCUACUUUUUCUUUUCUCUUUACAAAUCCAGUGUGCCAAAUGAAACUUCUUCCUAUGUAACAGUAAUAGGAAAAAGUGUUUUGAAGGUUUUUUCUUUUUCAUAAAUCUAUAGACAGGAUACAAUUGCAUUUUCACUUUUCUGUUACCUUGCUGCCAUUUUAGAAAGCCAUUUGUUGAUACCAACAAAGCAAAUCUAGUAAUACAGAAAAGGAGAAGGUUAGAAGGUUUGAGUCACUCUGUCAUACAACGUGUAGAUCAAUCCUCAUGUGACCUGCAGUAUUUGUUUCUAAUAUAUUUGUCAGAAAUCUGUUGUAGACUGUUAAUUUAUUCCUAAUGGAGUUUAUUUUCUGCCGGAUUAUUCUAAUAUUUAAGAAGGUCAAUUUUAACUGCCAUAAAAGUGGUUCCUGUGUGAGAGAAGGGAAGUACUGAGAGCUAAGACAUUUCUAAUUUAUUGCUUAUUGCUUUCUUACUGUUUACAGGAUAAUUAUAAGCCAGUGGAUCUACCAUCUUUUAUUCCUAAAAAUGAUUAAUCCCUUCAAUGAAACUUUAAAAAUUACUGAAUUUUUAUACAUUGCAUACAUUUUAUAGGUUUCUUGUGCUCACUUUGUUAACUAAAAGUUAGUCUGUUAAUCUGCCUUUUGUUCCCCCAAAAUGUACAGUAAUUCCGUUUCUUGUUUGUAUAAGUAUGCCUGGAUUUUAUUAUAAAACUGUCAUUGUAGGAAGUAGUGACUCAUAUCAUGGCUUUUUAAAUAUUGUAAUAAAGGCAAAUGGAUAUUUGCCCUUAGUUUACUGGUUAAAA